AUGGGUCCCCUCCCCGCCUGCUCCUCCGCGCGGUGGCCGCCGCCGCCGCCUGACCCCCACGCCGCGCACGCGGCGGCGGUCAAGUCCGGCGCGCUCGGCACCUCCCCGGACGUCCGCGCCGCCAACGCCGUCAUGUGCGCGUACCUCCGCGCGGGCCGCCUGGCCGACGCGCGGGACGUGUUCGACCGGAUGCCCGCGCGCGACGCCGCCUCCUACAGCGCGCUCAUCUCGGGCCACGCGCGCCUCGCCGGCGGCUCCGGCCCCGCCACCGCCGCCGCGGCUGAGCUGCUCGGCCGCAUGCGCCUCGUGGACGGGCUGCUCCCCACCGAGUACACCUUCGUCGGCCUCCUCACCGCAUGUGCCCGCAGGGGCAACCCGCGCCUCGGGACGCAGGUGCACGCCCUCGCCGCCAAGUCCGGCCACGCCUCGUCGCUCCUCGUGGCUAAUGCGCUCCUCGGCAUGUACGUCAAGUGCGGCCGCUUCGGGGACGCGAUGAGGGCGUUCGACGGCAUGGACCGCCGCGACGUCUCGUCGUGGAACGCGGUCCUGGCCGGGCUCGUCGAGCUGGGGCGGCACGAGGAGGCGUUCGAGCUGUUUGGCGAGAUGCGGACGAGCGGGAACGUCCGCGCCGACAGGUUCACUCUGUCGGCGCUCCUCACCGCGGCGGGCGAGGGGUUUGGCCAGCCCCAGGGCGAGGCGGUGCAUGCUCUGUCGCUCAAGUCGGGGCUGGAGACGGACCUGAGUGUGGGCAACGCGCUCAUCGGGUUCUACGCGGAGCAUGGGGCCUCUGUUGAGGACGUGGUGAGCGUGUUCCAGAGGAUGCUGGUGAAGGACGUGAUUUCGUGGACCGGUUUGCUGAAUGGGUACAUGGAGUUCGGUCUCGUUGACAUGGCACUGGAUGUGUUUGAACAGAUGCCGCAGAGGAACUUCGUUACAUACAAUGCGGUUCUCACUGGGUUUUGUCAGAACAAGGAAGGCGUGCGUGUCACGUUUGCCAAGAAGGCGGGCCAACGAGGUCUCGGCUUGUUUAGGCAAAUGGUGGAGGAUGGGCUGGAGAUCUCAGAUGUCACGGUGACGGGCGUGCUGAAUGCAUGUGCUAUUGCUGCAGAUAGGAAGGCGAGCGAGCAGGUUCAUGCAUUUGUGAUUAAGUGUGGAUGUGUAUCUAGUCCGUGGAUUGAUGCUGCGUUGAUUGAUAUGUGCAUCAAAUGUGGCCGAUCUGGAGACGCGCAUCUGUUAUUUGAGCAAUGGCAGCAUGAGGAGAGCUUUCACAUUGCCUGGAAUUCUCUACUGCUGGCUAGUGUCAGAGAUGUAUGUGGCAGUCUAGGUUUUGCUGAACCUGGAAAGCAAAUGCAUUCCUUUGCUGCAAAAUCCGGGCUUCUGUGCGCUCGUGGAGUUGGUAACGCGAUUAUUAGUAUGUACGGCAAGUGCGGGGAGUUGAAAGAUGCGGUCAGUUUCUUUGAGGGAAUGACUUGUCGAGAUUCGGUGUCAUGGAAUGCAAUGAUCACUGCCCAUCUUCUUCUUCAUCAGGGGGAUGAGAUAUUGAAGAUAUGGUCUGAGAUGGAGAGAUUAAUGGUCAGGCCUGAUUCCAUUACAUUUCUUCUGGCAAUAUCUGCUUGCAGUCACACAAGCUCAGACUCCACAGAGAAAUGCAGGGAACUCUUUCUUUCUAUGCCAAGCACAUAUGGCAUUGAACCAGCCAUGGAGCACUAUGCAGCCUUUGUUUAUGUCCUUGGCUGCUGGGGCCAUUUUGACGAGGCAGAGCAGCUUAUAGGUGGUAUGCCAUUAAAGCCUGGUGCAUUAGUUUGGCGGUCUUUGCUAGACAGCUGCAGCAAACACUCCAACAUGGCCGUGCGGAGGCGAGCCAUGAAGCGUCUGCUGGCAUUGGAGCCACAAGACCCAUCCACGUACGUGCUGACUUCAAACCUGCUAUCUGAAUCAGCAAGGUGGCACUCCUCUGAGAACACAAGGCUGGAGAUGCGUGAAAAGGGUAUGCGCAAGAUCCCAGCCAGGAGCUGGACGUUUCACGGCAACAUGGUGCACUCAUUUUUCGCACGGGAUAGAGCACACCCACAGUCCAGGGACAUAUACGCUGGCCUGGAUGUGCUGAUCGUUGAGUGCAUAAAGGCUGGGUACGAGCCGGACACCACCUUCGUCCUGCACGACGUCGAGGAGUACCAGAAGAGGCACUUUCUGAUGUACCACAGCGUGAAGCUAGCGUCAAUGUAUGGCCUUCUGAUGGCAGGCCCUGGACAGAUCGUCCGUGUGGUGAAGAACAUCCGCAUGUGCGGAGAUUGCCACUCUUUCUUGGAGCACGCCUCUGCUGCCACCGGUAAAGUGAUCUCGGUUCCUGUUUGCACUUCCUCGGGGGCUUGUCUUACCAGGGCCAUCGGGGAAGUGGCAAUAGGGCAGGCAUUUCCGGAGCCCUCCAGGUUCACAGGUCUGGGCCGUUGGAUGAAUGGCAGCUGGCAGAGAGAUAACCAAAGUGAAGACAAUGCUGAGGCUAAUCAGAACUGUCAGCCACAGGAUAAUUUGUUGGACCAGCUCUGCAAUCUAUCUUAG